AUGCAGUCGCUGCAGGACAAGGCGUCGGAGUGGAGCGGCGUGGCGGCCGCCGACGCCUUCGCCAUCGACGACGCCAACGUCUUCGAGGCGCUCGGCGGCACCACGCAGCCCUUCGUCGACCUCUCAACCAACUUCUACACCAGGGUGUAUGAGGACGAGGAGGAGUGGUUCCGGGAGAUUUUCUCGGGGUCGAAGAAGGAGGACGCGAUCCAGAACCAGUACGAGUUCUUGGUGCAGCGGAUGGGCGGCCCGCCGCUCUUCUCCCAGAGGAGAGGACAUCCUGCCUUGAUAGGACGACAUCGACCAUUCCCAGUCACUCACCGAGCUGCAGAGCGAUGGCUGCACCACAUGCAGCAAGCUCUGGAUAGUACUGAAAGUAUAAACUCAGAUACAAAAACGAAAAUGAUGUAUUUUUUCAGGCAUACUGCAUACUUCCUUGUUGCCGGUAAUGAGAUGACAAGGCAAGCCCAAGGAGCACCACCCUGCAAACAUGCAACGAGCAAACCAGCUGAGUAAUGGUCCAAGCUUAACCAGUUGAAUAAUGGAUUCAGCUCCUAUUCUUCUAUAGAAUUCUCAUGUACUAAGGGAUCAAAGCUAUCUUUGCAAUGUCACUGACCGCUGCUGUAGGGGCAUAGCCUACCCACUCUUGAGCAGAGAGCAACUCAAAGCUGAUAAAUUUGAUUACUCGGUUGUAUUCUGUGUUUGCCUUUCUCAGCUCUGCUGCAUACUUGAGCGCAAGUUAUCUGCAUUGUUAUGGACCGGAACUGGCCUUGCUACUCUAUUCAAUACUGUAUGAAGCAUAGUGAUCACCUCACAUAUAUCAGCCUGAACUUAUAUAUGUUUCGCCGUGGGACAUUGUGAUCCAAUCUUUGCCUAGAACUCAUUUAUACAAGGAAUUAUUCCAUACUAACUGUCGUUCUGGUUUGUC